AUGGAAUACUGCAAAUACGGCAAUCUGCACGACUAUAUCGUGAAGCAUGGAGCAUUAGAUGAAUCCACGAUCCGCGUGGUAAUGAAGCAAAUGCUGGAAGCUCUGAGCUAUUUAGCGUCGAAACACAUCGUUCAUAGAGACAUCAAGACAGCGAACAUCCUGAUUGCUGACACCGAUCUAUACAAGCUGUGCGAUUUUGGCUCGUGUUUCGUGAUCGAAAAAUCAGCGCGGAACACGAUCGUCGGCGACGGAUCAUUUCGUGGAACCGACGUGUACAUUGCGCCGGAAUCGGGUCGAGGGUUCCAACGUGGCCGCUCCGACAUCUGGAGUCUUGGCUGCUGUUUGUACGAGAUGAUAACCGGCGAAAUCCCCUGGAAAGCCAUCCGAAAUGAGAGCAAAACGCGCGAGAGCGUUAUUUAUCGGAUCACGCGGGCCAACACGCGGCCGGAAGUCAAGCCGGAGACGUGGGACGCGCUGAGCCAGGAGCUGAGAGAUUUGUAUCUCCAGUGUUUGAACGUGGUAUGUGAGGGAGAGAGCGAUGAAGGCUAG